GGUUUGUGUUGAUUGGAAGAGCCCAAACCCUCAACAAGAUUUGGAUUUGGAUGAAUUCAGUUCAGCAGCAAAAAGGAAUCCCUAGAUUGAUUUGUGCUGGAUCUUCGGAUGGCUUGGAGGCAGCUGCAGUCGUUGUGCAGGAGGUCGUUGUCUGCAACUUCUGUUUAUGUAUCCCAGUCUGCGAGUUUCUCCUCCAAAGCUAAUUCUUAUCUGGUGAAGGUUGGAAUACCCGAGUUUUUGAAUGGAGUCGGGAAAGGAUUGGAGAGUCAUGUGGAGAAGCUGGAAUCUGAAAUUGGUGACAUCCAGAAGCUUCUGGUAACUAGAACUUUGAAGCUGAAGAGACUCGGCAUACCCUGCAAAGAUCGGAAACUCAUUCUGAAGUAUGCCCACAAGUACCGGCUCGGGUUAUGGAGACCUCGGGCAUUGCCCAAAAAAUCUUGACUUCAACUUGGCGAGGUGAUACAGAUAAGGUUCUGAUCGAAGCCAUCCAUCUCUUGCGAAUGAUGCACUACGAAUCCUGGUUUGUGUAUUCUGGCAUCUGCAUCUUUGUUAGAACUUAUGCGAUGACACUAGAUUAAGUACUUGUUGCCAUUUUCCUAGCUUCUACCGGUUAAUCUA